AUGGAAACCGAGUCUCGGACGAUCGAGUUCGAAGAAAGGAACCGUGUUCUCGUCGCGGUCAAGAAACUCUGCCCACGGACGGCAGAAAUUACAUUGAAAUGGCAGAACGAGGUAGCUGCGCUGAGACGAGUUGGCGGGCCGGAUUGCAUCUCCAUGCUGUUUGACUCGGACUUUGGUGAUCUCAGCAUCAUCCUCCGCCGUGAGACUGUUCGAAGUCUAGAUUCGUGGAUCACAGUGCACACGAGGACAUGUUGUCUCUCGGUAGAAGAGAGUGACGUCCUCUGGUCGCAAAUGGCGGAUGCCCUGGCUCAUGUCCAUGCUCAAGAUAUCAUCCACGACGAUGUCAAUCCGAGCAACAUCAUGUGGGAUCCGGAGACGUGCAAAGCUGUGCUCAUCGACUUCGGGGCCGCUCGGUACAUCUCGCCAAACUGCGUUGUGUCUUUUGAUCCGAGUGGGACACCUCCAUAUGUUCCACCUGAGUUCCUGGACAAGAAGAAAGGAGUAGCGGGUGAUGUUUGGGCUUUGGGCGCCACGAUGCUUUUUGUCAAGAGAUACAUCGCCUUGCCAGACGGACAGUGGUUUCUCCCGAACGUUUUCGAUCAGGGACAAGACCGGCUUGAGCUGCUGGAGUGGUUCGUAGAGAUUCAAGAAGUACGACGCCGGGUUUCUGGAGAAGAUUUGUUGCUCAUUCACGCACUUGAAGUUGAUCUAGAGAAGAGGAUUUCGUCUUCCUCCCUGGCCACAAAGCUACGCGAGUGA